CGCUGCCUUGGGGCUAGGGUCCGCCGGGCGGAAGCGCUGCUUUGGAACCGGGCGGGAGAUCAGAACCGGCCGGGCUGGUCUGGGUCUUCUUAUCCCCUCAGGCUCAGGGUGCUGUUCUCUGCGUUCCUUCCUGGGUUCCUAAUCCCCGAGCAGAAUUCCCCGUCUGGGCUCUGCUAGCCAGCCAUGCAGCGGAGAUCAAGAGGAGUCAACGUUGGGCUCCUCAUGCUGCUCUCUCAAGUGUUCCAUGUUGGGAUCAACAACAUUCCUCCUGUCACCCUGGCAACCUUGGCUCUCAACGUCUGGCUCUUCCUGAAUCCUCUGAAGCCCCUGCACUAUUCCUGCAUCAGCGUGGAAAAGUGUUACCAGCAAAAAGACUGGCAGCGUUUGCUGCUCUCUCCCCUGCACCAUGCAGAUGACUGGCAUUUGUAUUUCAACAUGGUGUCCAUGCUCUGGAAAGGAAUAAAGCUGGAGAGAAGACUGGGAAGCAGAUGGUUUGGCUACAUCAUCACCACCUUCUCCCUACUCACGGGGGUGGUGUAUUUGCUCUUGCAGUUCACUCUUGCCGAAUUCAUGAAUGAGCCCGACUUCAGAAGGAACUGUGCUGUCGGCUUCUCAGGAGUUUUGUUUGCCUUGAAAGUUCUUAGCAAUCAUUACUGCCCUGGAGGCUUUGUCAACAUUAUGGGUUUUCCUGUCCCAAACAGAUUCGCUUGUUGGGCAGAGCUGAUAGCCAUUCACUUCUGCACCCCAGGGACGUCCUUCGCUGGGCACCUGGCCGGCAUCCUUGUGGGACUGAUGUACACUCAGGGGCCUCUGAAGAAAAUCAUGGAGACAUGUGCAGGUGUUUUUUCCCCCAAUGUUGGGUACCCAGGACAGCAGUACUACUUUAAUAGUGCAGGCCCCUCUGGAUAUCAGAAUCACUACCCAGAUGGCAGAGCAGGGGCCUAUGAAGAGACUCACAGGAACUAUGACGCCUACACGGCAGGACUGAGUGAGGAGGAGCAGCUGGAAAGAGCUUUGCGAGCCAGCCUCUGGGACCGAGGAAAUACCAGAAAUGGCCCAACACCCUAUGGGUUCCGACUCACGCCAGAGGAAGAAAUGAGGAGACAGCGCCUUCACAGAUUUGAUGGCCAGUGACGUGGCGCCACACCCGGGAAGACAUGGUCCAGCUGUGUGAUUGUAGCCCGUUCAGUCUACUCCCUAAGCCCCUAAUUCAUUGUAAACAAAAGCAGAGCGCACCGUUAUUAUUACAGAUCACUCAUGUCUGCCUCGAGCUGUCACUCCAUGGCCCCCAUAUGUCCAGAUUCCCCAGCCAGGCUGACAUCUGGAAACCAGGCUCGCCCCGGAAGUGCACAGCUUUCCCUGAGUGACCUAUCUUGCCCUAUGUUCUCUCCUAAGCCAAAGGUCACCUCUUCAGCUAGGACCAAUUUCCACACACUCCCCACCUUCCCACCCAACUCAGUUGCACAUUUACACUGGGGUUGAAGACUGUGUCCUUUAGAGAAAGUAUUUUUUCACCAGGUGAGACGAUCAGCUCUCACUCUGCCUCGGUGCCCUGCCUGGCAGGAGGUGCAGUGCCACCACCGCUGGCCCUCCUGGCAAAGUUCCAUGAUGAUUCCGGGAGAGGAUGUGGCUGCCUUCCUGGGAUAGUCCAUCCACUUUCAUGCAGGCUGCUUGGGGGGCUGUGUCUGCCUGCUGUUCACAAGCGCUGCUUUGCUCUGCAUGUAGAAUAUCCGACUGGAGGGGAAUAGGAAAGAUCUAAGGUGGAGAAACACCCACCCACUCAUCAGAUAGCAAAUGGCACCAGCAAUUGGGGUUCACAGCCACACCUCCAGGAGCAGGAGACUUGUGUAACUACUCCACAAAACAGCGGCACUUGCCCCACACACACAGAGCAAAGUGGAGAUGAACAGUUAGUUUCUCACUGGGUAUCCCAUUUGCUGGAAGUAUUUCUUUCUUCACCAAAGUGCCUUUUCAUUGGUCACUGUUGUGCCCGAUGUCUAUCAUAAACAGGCAUCCAAAAAAAAAAAAUGCCCCAGAGAACUUCAGUGUUUAGAAAACAGAGUGUCCGAGUCACAAAAUGCAUUUGUGUUGCUUGUGUUCCGAGAAUAAAAGGACAAAGCCAGAAUUAUCGCUACUACCUGACUGUCAUGGAGCCUUUAGUUCAAAGGGAGUUAGGAGCAACAAAUGAUGCUCCUAUUUUAACUCACAUUCAUGUGUAGUUUCUGUAGGCAGGCUUUCUUACACACAGUGCAAGCAUCUACAAAAACAUACUAUUCAUACAGAUGAGCUUUGGAGGGGAGUGCAUGGGACCUGACUUCGUUUACAGUUUUGUAUUCUGUUUUUAAAAGUGUGUGUGCGUGUUGCUUUCAUAAAAUAAAACAAGAGACUUGUAACCAGUAAAACCGACUUUAAACUAAGUACUAUAUGUCCAUUAAGAAAAUUCACAGGCCGGGCAUAGUGACACACACCUUUAAUCCCAGCACUCAGGAGUCAGGGGCAGGAGGAUCUCUGAGUUCAAAGCCAGUCUGGUUGACAUAUGAAGUUCUAUGCCAGCCAGAAUACACACAAGCACACAUAUACAUGCACGCACACAUGUAUGUACACACAGCGGAAACCCUGUCUCAGAGAAAGAGGGAGGAAUUGAGGGGGGCAGGAGGGAAGGAGGAGCAGAUGAUGAAGGAAAGAAAGAAAGAAAUUCACAGUGUGUAAAUAAAACUCCAAAUGCUCAGCUCUAAGAUGAGCUGGUGCCCGGGGUUGACAUUUUGAGGCUAUUAACGUCUCAGUUUUCUGUUGUGUGCAUUUGACACAUCUGGUGCAUGCCAACUGUGCAACUCCAUGUCUGCUUGCUCAUAUGAACCCACCUGGAUACACUUGACACUCGCAUACAAAUGGGCUAAGCAAAUCCCUGAAGUCUGAAAGCAUUUGGACAGGCCAUCCAGCCAGUGGUGCCUGAGCACCUUGGUUUAAUUUGUAAUUGGUGUAAAGCCGCAGUUAGUUGAUGUUAUGAAUUAUGCCCAUGAGCCUGGUAUCUCUAAGCACAUUUAAAUUGGAGUGGUCUGGGCUGGAGAGAUGGCUCAGCUGUUAAGAGCACUGACUGCUCUUCCAGAGGACCUGGGUUCAAUUCCCAGCACCCACAUGGCAGCUCAUAACUGCCUGUAACUCCAUUACCUUGCCAUACCUUCCCUGUCUCCCUCACUCCACACUCGAAGGCUAACUAAAUGUUAUUUUCCCACCACAGUUCAUUUUCAAUUAUAUUAGAACUCUGCUAGCUUGUAUGUGGAAAUAUUUUAUUAUUUUUUAUGUACCUUGAAUCUAAUAAUAAUACCUUCUUGCUUUGGACAUUGGAAUCCUAAUUUUGGAUGGUAUAGUUAUGCGGGUUUUUUUUUCUUUAUUUAUAAAGUGGAAUGUCACCAAAUGUUUAUAACAGAUGUGAGAAAGGUCAUUUUAGUUCUAAGUGAAAAUC